ACCCGGAUGAACGACGCGCUGUGGUGAUGAUGAUGGUGCGCAUGUUCCACUUCAUGAGCCAAACGCAGCUUCAGAUCAAAUGUUGAAGCGCUAAUGAAGUCGAUUUGACUGCGGAUUCCAGAAACCAGAACGCGUUUAUUAUCGUCCAUCCUCCGGAGAGCGUCAUGUCCGCUGAGGAGCUGCUGUCUGUGGACUAUGAGGUGUACGGCCGCGUGCAGGGCGUGUUCUUUCGGAAAUACACACAGUCAGAAGGGAAGAAGCUGGGUCUGGUUGGCUGGGUUCAGAACACCGACGCUGGGACGGUUCAGGGGCAGCUCCAGGGUCCGGCCUCCAAAGUCCAGCAGAUGCAGCGCUGGCUCCGCACCACCGGCAGCCCGCAGUCACGAAUCGCCAAAGCUGAGUUCAAGAACGAGCAAACCAUCGACAAACUGGACUUUAAGGAUUUCAAAGUUGUUCGUUAAUGACAGAACAACUCGAAUACAUAGAUAUAUACAAUACUAUUUAUUUUAGCGUUUAAAAAUCUCCUUUGUGACCCGUUGCCUGUUACUGGUAUAAAUAUGAGGUAAAACGCCUUUAUUGACAUUAUGUACUAGCUGCUCCUUUACAUUUCUGUACAGGAAAACACUGUCUUCCCAACACAACAGCUAAUAUAACACACUCCACUCCUGUU